AUGACAACAGUGCCCUACGCAGAGGAACGGGCCUUUGCAGAGGCCACGGCCCUCCGCGCCGCCAUCCUCACCAAAAGGGUCCAGGCCAAGGUGCAGUCCAUGACAAAGGACGACUUCUCCCCCGUCACGACCGCCGACUUUGCCGCGCAGGCCCUCCUCAUCGCCAGUCUGCAGCAACGGUUCCCCGGCGACGGCUUCGUCGGCGAGGAGGACGCGGCGGAUCUGCGGUCCCACGACGCGCUGCGGCGGACCGUCUUUGAGCACGUCCGGAGCAUGGCCGACGACGGGACGGCGACGACGAAGCUGGCGACGCCCCAGACGGAAGAGGAGAUGCUCGCCCUCAUCGACCUGGGCGGACGGGGCCAGGGCGGCCAGCACGGCCGGUUCUGGGUCAUGGACCCCGUCGACGGCACGAGGACGUUCCUCGAGCAACAUCAGUACGCCGUCUCGCUCAGCCUAAUCGAGGACGGGCGCGAGGUGGUGGGCGUGCUGUGCUGCCCCAACCUGCGGCUGCAGGACGGCCGCGUCGUCGAGAGGAGCGUCGACAGGGACGGCCUCGGCGUCAUGCUCACGGCCGUCCGGGGCCAGGGCGCCACGGUGCGCUAUCUCUCUGCGUCGCCCGCGUGCACGCCCUACCCGCUGCCCGAGGCGCAGCCGCUCCCGAGGCUCACCACGCCCGCGAGCAUGGCCGACCUCCACAUUGUCGAUGCACGCGCCAGCACCGCCGUGCGGCACGAUAUUGUCGAGCAGCUGGCGCAGCAGUUGGGGACGCGGUACCCGGGGACAGAGGUCUGGUCGUCACACAUGCGGUACGCCAGCCUGAUCCUCGGCGGCGCCGACUGCCAGAUCCGCGUGCCUCGGGCGGACAAGGUCAGCAACGUGUGCAUAUGGGACCAUGCCGGGGCCCAGCUCAUCUUCACCGAGAUGGGCGGUCGUAUCACGGACCUAGACGGGCGGGAUAUGGACUUUGGCGCUGGUCGCAAGAUGGACGCGAACCGAGGUAUGAUUGUCGCCAGGGAGGGCGUCCACGCGCAGCUCCUGCGAGAUGUCAAGGCGAUCAUAGGCGAGGCGUAA